AUAUUUUAUUGUGGGACUCAGCUUCCCGUUUCAGAAAUGCCUAAACCUUUAAGGAAACGUGUACGUUGUGAGAUAAAAUUAAGCUGACAAAGCCUAGAUGGAUUGCGAAGAUGUUGCAUGUACACUGUAAACCACUGCUGUUAUUACAUGUACUUGUUAUUAUUCUAAGAACAGUAGAUAGCGAGAACAAUACACGUGCACUAGUCAUAUCAAAUGAAGCAGUAACGUGGUUAGAGGGACAGAGACAGUGUGCAGAAAAGAAUGGACGACUUCUCAGCUCGAACGACUUCUCUCUCUACCUUCAGGAAGUUCUGGAGAAAGUGUCGGGCGAUUUCUGGCUCGGCGACAUACAGAAAGUUUCCGAAUGGAUCCAUAUCUUAGGUUGCUACAGUAAGGCCAGUAUUGAAAACAAGCUCUUCUCAUCUACAAACUUUACCAUCGGUCUAACACCGGGACGCUGUCAAGAAUAUUGUUUCUAUGAAAAAAUGUCUUUAUUUUUUGCUAUCAAGGAAGAAACAUGUUACUGCCUCAAACCUGACUUUAAUUUACCAGACACAGCCUCGGUAACCAACUGUGAUUAUAACUGUAACUCGGAGGAACCAAAGGCCUGUGGUAGCAAAACAGGACCAUAUCUGAGUGUUUACAAAACAACUAAUACAUCAGUUAAAGGCACCCAUGGUCUGUGUAUGAGCAUAGUCUGCUUUGGACACAAAUAUUUUAAGACUGAAGAUUGUAGAGUUCCAUUGAUUCCGUACUGUUCUAACAAUUAUACAAGCACUGGAGGCAGUUGGGCUGAUGCUAUUGCUAUGUGUCUGAGAGGAAAUGGUUAUUUAGAUGGUGAAGCCAAUUUAGAUGAUCCAAGGAGCAAAUGCAAUGAGAUACAGAAUCAAUUUUCAAACAUUUAUAUAUUUUGGAUUGGCAUCCGUAGACAAAUGUACAAAUCUGUAGAUAAAG